AAUUGCAUUGUCGGUGGAGAGAGUGGACUCUCUCAUGGAUUUUUGAUAACCCGCCAAGCUAAGCUAAGGCUGUAUUUUUUUUUUCGCCCCUCUCUUUCUCUCUCUACAAGAAAUUAAGAGAGAGAAAAAUAAAUAAAGGAAAAAGCUUUUUACUCUUUCUCUCUGUCUUUCUCUGGAAGCGUCUGUCUUCUUGUAUUGCCUCUCUGAUAUCCUCAUUUGUGGAGAAAGAAAUAGUUUGAGAGAUUGGGAUUGGAAGUAACCAAAUUUAUCAGAAAUGAGCAGUGGUGGUGAUUCAAUGGAGGCGCAGUACAUACAAAGGCACCACAGGCAUGAGCCCAGAGAGACCCAGUGCACUUCGGCUUUGGUUAGGCACAUCAAGGCCCCUGCGCAUCUCGUAUGGUCAUUGGUGAGAAGAUUUGAUCAACCGCAGAAGUACAAGCCCUUUGUUAGCCGAUGCACCAUGAAGGGGGACCUUGGCAUUGGGAGCGUUAGAGAAGUGAAUGUUAAAUCUGGGCUUCCUGCAACGACCAGCACUGAGAGGCUGGAGCUUCUUGAUGAUGAUGAGCACAUUCUUGGCAUCAAGAUUGUUGGUGGUGAUCAUAGGCUAAGGAAUUACUCGUCAAUUAUUACUGUCCACCCUGAGGUUAUUGAUGGGAGACUAGGGACACUUGUUAUUGAAUCCUUUGUAGUGGAUGUGCCUGAUGGGAAUACCAAGGAUGAGACAUGCUACUUUGUUGAGGCCCUAAUCAGGUGCAACCUGAAGUCUUUGGCUGAUGUCUCAGAGAGGAUGGCUGUCCAGGACCGAACCGAACCUAUCAAUCAUUAGUGGAUUUGGGGGAUGGCACAGGAGUACGAUGACUAUAGCUAUACCAUCCAUGUUUUUUUUGUCUCAGAUGCUGUGUAGAGAUAGUACAAGCUUUCCUUCCAUUCACAGAAGUUUUGGGAACAUUGCUGGUUUUUGCAUUUCUGACCGAUGAAGCUCCUACUCUCUUUCCAAUUGCUCAUGCAUAGUCUUUCUUACUCUCAAAAUGACGCUGGGGUUUCUCGUAUUUGUAUUUGAAGGAUGAGCUUUCAAGGUUUUUAUAAGCUCUCCAUGAAUGGAAAGGGAAAGCUACUGUGAGUUUUAUUGUUCCUGGGUUUCGUGCAUGGUGGUAUUAAUGUUAGUAUGACUCUGAUCUGUAAAUAUUUAUCUUGGAAAGAGAUGGUAUCUAUGGACUGGGGGUUUUUCAUCUUGUAGUGCAGGGAGGAUUCAGGGGGAAAGAACCACUGCUGCAGUUGUUUGUUUUGUAUAUACCUAUGUAUUCGCAUUCUUAAUAAAUUAUUGUAAUUGCUUGACUUCUUUUUUUUUA